AUGAUGAAAUUGCGAGGUGGUGCCUCAUCCAAUGGAAGUCGUGCAUAUCUGGCGGCACUUGAUUCUCGCGUUCUCAUAGGGUUUGAUCCCGUUCAUACACUCUCGCGCCUCGAUCAGACAGAGCUUGUGAAAUCGCAUAUGCGAUCCAUUUAUAACAUUCCGGAAAGUCGGGAAUACAUGUCUUCUGGAUAUCCAUCCGAGCCAGUGCUUUCGGAAGCAGCAGGACGCAUACUCAACUCCUCUCCGGACAAGCCCAUUGACGAUAAGGCCCCUGAGAUACUCCUGUCUAUUCAGAACAAUGGCUUGCUCGCGAAAGGGGAGCGUGGUGAGCUCGUUGCUCGAACCCUUUUGACCGUCGCACACGACAAAGCUGCCAAUGACCCGUCAACAUCGUGGACAGCUCACACGCAGUAUCAUCGGCCAAUCAAACUAAUGGAUUUCCUGAAAAAUCUUCUCGCACCCGAAGUCUUGGAGAAGGUCUGCGAGGCCACCCCGUUUCGCGCUUACCCGGGUGCCCUCAAACUGGAAGCUGCAUUCGCGGAUGCAUGGAUUAACUUUUCCCAUUUUGUCCGCCUUGGCGACUACAAAUCUUUCGAUUUCAGAUGUGCGACUGAACUGCUUGAGCGAGGGGCAGCCAUACAAACCUACGACUGCCAACCAGACCAGGACCUCGCGAUACCGCUCCACAACGGCGAUGUAGGGUCAGUGAUUGAUUUAAAAACAACAAGCGGCAUUCAGGUUCAAGUGAGGAAUGUCAGGAAUCCCUCACCCGUAGUUCCAAAACUGAGUCUGAUUGGAGAGUGUCCCGCUGGUUUACCGAUGCUUUCUAUUGUCAUGCAGCUCGGUGUAGACGACGACUAUAAAGGCCCGCUAGUAGAGGUUAUCACGGAGCUGAAAGGUGGCAGCACCCCUGCUGGCAAUACACGAUCUACUGAAUCUGAUCUGGAGGCUGAUGUGGAACGACGCCAUUAUAUCAUCGUGCUUUAUGGCUACACGGAACAAACGUACCCCUGCAUCGGUAUGCAUGCAUCAGAGUAUCACAGUCUCCUUCGAACAGAGCGGUUUCCAUUUGAUGGCUAUCCGAGAGGGAGUCAGACAACGGACCUGAAACGGAAUCGGACAAUGUUUGAUGAUGCAGUGCAUGAACUGAAAUCUAUGGUGUACCUGUAUGAUCCUUCAUGCAUGGCUUGGCAGGAUUGA